AUUUUCACUUGCCUUCCUCUCUGGUGGGCGUCAAGGACACUUCUUUGCUCUCUCAUGCUCUGGUGUUUGUUGGGCUCUGUGGAAUUUCUCGCCCUUCUUCUUCGUCUCCGUCUUCCUCUUCGUCUCCGUCUUCUUCACCCUCCGCCUAUCCAUCAGUGGAUAUAGGAUAAAGGGAAGAUGAAGAGCUGGCACUGUAAUGGAGAAUCGUCCUCCUUGUCAUCGAAUUUAUCGGCUUUCGCGCCGCCCUUUACUGUCAGCCCCUUUGCGCCCAGCCCUGGUUCGAACCCUUAUGAACCUCUCCUCGGGUUACCCUCCAAUUCGUCCCUGAGCAGUUGUAUGGGCCCGAACCCACACAUGUCGGCAUCCGAUUGGGCGCCGAACUUGGCGGGCCAAGACUUCGAUUCCAUGAACUACCUUGGUGGGCAUGAAUACCCGCCCCAAGCUGUUGUUCCCGAAGUGACCCAGCCUUUUUCGUAUGGCCAGUUAUCGGAUGGGCUGAGAACUAAUGUCGAUGAAGUGAGACCUUACUAUCCUCAGUACUACUACUCCAAGGUCGAGCCUGAGGAGCCCUCGGCAUUCACUAAUCAUCCUGGCUGGGAUGGCCGAUAUUAUGACAAGAAUCAGGUGGUGUCAGGACUGGACUGUCCGGUCCAUGUGGGCGAAACUUUCAGUGAUACAGCUAGCAGAGAGCAGCAUGAACUGGUUAAACUCGAGGGAGGUUACUGCCCUGAACAGGGAAAUGCUGCUGAUUCCCAUAGCUAUAUGAACCAAGGAACUCGUCCACUAGGCUUUGGCAUUCAUGCGGAAGCUUCUAAUGAUGUCAAUCUGUUGGAAAGGGGAAAGCUUGAUGGUCCUAAAUGUCAAGGAGCAGCAGAUACGAAGUUCUCCCUUCCAAACAAUUCGGAGUUCACAGCCAUGACUUGUCCAACAACAUUGGACUUAAAAUACUCACCACUGCUACCAGCAGCACACCCUGAGGCACCACCUCUAGAUCUUUUCCUGGAUUUGAGAAAGGAUACCAUGAAGCACAACAACAUCGUUCAGAAAUGCAUGAGACAGUCUGGUUCUAGUCCAGGUGAUGAGAAUUGGGAUGCUGUUUUCCCUGCUCUUUCUACUAGACCACCAGCUUCUGCCCCUGUUAUUGAAGUUCUUUCUGGAAAUCAUGGCAAUGGCAGUCUUUCUGCUAGUGGACACUUCAGUGGUAGUACUGUUUGCAGUGUAAGGGAUACUGAUGCUGCAAAAGAUUCUGAAAGAGAUAUUCUCUUUGAUGUAGCACAGAGUAGGUAUGGCCACGGAAGAGGUGAUGGCACUUUCGGCAUAUUAAAAGAUGAAGAUUUUCGGAGUGAAAAAGCUUUUUCCAAUGAUGCAUCAGUUCAUCUGGUUAGGGAAAAUCCCAGACUUCAAGUCCCUUGUACCAAUGUUUAUGGUCCCAAUGCAAGUUCUUUCGAGGCUUUCAGCCAUUUUAACCAUUCACUGGAUUCGCCAUGCUGGAAAGGAGUACCAAUUGGACAUUUUGGCUCUUCUUUUGAUCCUUCAGUUGUCCCUCCAAAACAUCUUUCAGGAUUCAAGGAGUUUAAUGAUUUGAAUCCCCAGAGGCAUCAAGUUUCUGCUCACAAUGCCGAAUCUGCCUCAAAAUUCUCCUCCCAAAGACUUAAUGAAGCCAUGCUACAAAUUGACAAUCGGUCCUCAGAAAGGAAAUCAAUGUUCCAUCAGGAGCAACCUUGUGUUUUUAAUCCAUCGGCCACAGAACAGAACUUUCAUGAUGCUUUGGAGAUCGGUUCCCCCCAUUUGAGACAGAAAGAUGCUCAUUUUAAUGAGUUAACCAGUGAUUGUAGCUUUGAACUUCCCCGGAACAAACCAAAUAGCUCUGAAAAUGAACUGAACCCUGAGGAAAGGAAACUAUCUGGGCAUGAGGGAUUGGACACAGGGCGGAAUAUAAGUGAUGACUCUAAUAACGGCUUUUCUGAUGUCUCAGUCCGAUGUGUGGAACAUGUCUUGAGUUCUCCUCCUACAUUGGAGGCUACCAAGCACAGUGAAUGGUCCAGGGAAGAGUUGACUGCAAGAGUAGAUGUCUCGAUGGUGGUUAGAAUGAUGCACAACUUGUCUGAAUUGCUCAUGACCUGCAGCUCUAGUGGUGCCUGUAACUUGAAGGAGCAGGACUGUGAGGUCCUUAAAAAUGUGACCAACAAUCUGAUUAUCUUUUGUCUCGAGAAUAGGCAUCUAGCUACCACAAGGAAUUCGAACGAGCCAAAGACCACCUUCGUGCCCGAUGGAGUCUUUCUUGGCGAGUUUCCUGGAGUUCAUGCGACUCUGGUGGAGGUGAAGAGGCCAGAGCUACUUGGUGAAGUGCAUGAUGGUCAGGGGAAACCACUGCCAGUGUUGAUUCCUCCCUUCGUUGGUAGGGAGAAAAACCACCGUGCUGUGCCUAAUAAUCCCGAUAAAACUAGUUCAGAUUUUUCUGUUCUCAUUAAUCAAUCAAAUGUGAUCAGAGAUGACAAAAUGAUUCAGAGUGGGGUGGUGGAAGAGCAACAAGUAUCUGGUGAUUCAGGGAAACCCGAUGGAUUGAAUAAUAACUCAGAGCAGCAUUGCAAUGUGCCUGAUCGGAUAUAUGAAAGUAGCUCAGAUCAUACCUCCGUUAGUGUUCUUCCCAACAACAUUAGAGAUGAUAAGAUGACUCAGGCUAUUAAGAUGAUCCUCGAGGAGAAUUUCCAUGAAGAGGAUGAAGCUGAGCCGCAGGUUCAGCUGUUCAAGAAUUUAUGGCUCGAAGCAGAAGCUGCAUUAUGCUCCAUGAAUUACAGGGCCCGUUAUGACCGCCUGAAGUUUGAAAUGGAAAAAUCCAAAGCACAAAAUGAAAAAGCUCCAUCUAAAAAUACAAUCGCUGUUGAGGAACUCUUGGAUUCUGGGGUAUCUGCCAACCUAGGCAUCGAUAAGAAGACAGCUGAUGAUGCAUCAAAGAAUCAUGAAAAUAUGGAUAUCUCGGCUCAGAAAUUCUCCCUUGAGAAUGAUGUCAUGGCAAGAUUCAAUAUCCUCAAAGAUCGGGAUAGUAAGUCUAAUCUUGAAAGCGCUUUGGAUGGUGAGGACCUAGCGAGUCAUAAAGUUUCCUAUGACCUUAAUGAAGCUGAUGAAGUUGCUUCGGGAACAUGUGAAUCACCUGCUAGCCCCGUGCCUACCAUCUCACCAGUCAAAGGCUCUGCCAACCCAGCAGACAACAUGGACUCCUCAAUUUUUUCGAGACUUUCAAUCCUGAAACAGCGGGAAGAAAAUCCAAGUUUGGUAGUCAACCUUGAGCCUGACCUCUCCCAGCAUAAUUCUGGACGGAGCUUAGUUGGUCGGGAAGACAGCAUGGGGGCUUCUGUCUGGGGGAGGUUAUCGAUCCUAAAACAGCGGGAAGAGCAUUCAAGUUCCUCAGAGGUUGAAGUUAAGAAGCCAUCUGAGGGUGUCAAUCUUGAAUCUUCUGUACUCUCAAGAUUGAAUAUUCUGAAACAACGGGAUGACAAUUUGAGUUCCAUGGGAUGGGAUUGCACCCCACCGGAUGUUAAUCUCGAAUCUGUGGUGAAAAAGGAUUACUUCCCCUCCAUUGGGGAAACAACUGAUACUAAAAAGGAUUUCAGUUCAGGUUUCAUCAAUUAUGGGGUUCCUGAGUCUCAGAGGACUGGCGGGUGUGAGAAUCCAAUGCAUGCUGCACGCAUCUGCGACUUCAGCUCGUCAUCGGACUGGGAGCACGUGCUGAAGGAGGAGGUUUGAUUCCUUCAAGUGGGAUCCCGUUUUCUGCUAUGGACAUUCCGUAUCCAAUGCACUGUUUGCUUUAUCUGUUUAUUUCUGAGUACUUGCUGUAUGGUGAAUCGCCUAUGUAAAUCUCUCGGACCAGACUGCUAUUAGCUAAGACCAAUGUUUGUACAUAAGAUUUAUGAUUUUAUGUAUCCUUGUACGCAAGUUUAUGUGUCUUUCUUUCAA